AUGGCUGGCAUUCUGCAGGACCGUAUGGAACUAUCCCACCCGAAGCGAAUCGUGCAGAGUGUUGAGAGGAUAGUACCGGAUUACCGGAUGGGUUUGAAUGGUGGUUUGUGCUUUAACGGCAAGCAACUAUUUACUUCUGGCUUCCGUGAUAUACGCAAAGGCGGCUUCGCCGCUGCCAAUUAUGACGACCGCCUUUGUCUGUGUGGUCGAGGUGCUCAGGCCGGAAUUGAGGAAACUUGGACGUGGGACUCAAGUUUGGAUGUGAUUUCUUCCCGACAGCACCUUUGUGAAACUCUGUGUGAGGUGCUGUUGGAGCUUCUGAGCUGGUCAAUCACGGUUUUAAAAUUUUAUUGCUCUUAUCUAUAA